CUACUUCCUUCACUCACUUCUCAUCCUUCAACCCUACCCUACCACCCCAACCCCAACCCCAACCCCAACCCCACCCCUAUCCCAACCCCACCACCCCACCCCACCCCUUUGCCCCAAUACCGACCAGACCAGUCCAAUCCCAUCCAUCUCUUCAUCUCUAAUAUGUGUUGUUUUGUACUCUUUUCUUUCAUUCAUCUCUCCAAAGUCCAAACUCAUACCCUUAUUUAUCAUCUCCCCUUUUCUAGCCUUUUUCUUCCCCUUUCCCUUAUCUUUUUUAGGUCUUUUCAACUCUUUCUAGCUAAGCUAGAAUUUUUCAUAGCAUGAUGAACAUUGCAUAUAUUUCUUGAUUUGGACAUCUUAUUUUUAGCUCGAUUCUUCUUCUUCUUUUUUUUUUUUUUUUUUUUUUUUCAGUUCACAGCUCCUUGUUGAUCCGUCUCUUCUUCGAUCCGUGAUUCCAGGGCUAAAAAAAGAAAAAGAAAAGAAAAACACCUUUAAGAAAAAUGUCACUAGACAUGACAUAUUCAUCUUCCUUGGAACGUGUUUGCUAUGUUCAUUGCAACUUCUGCAACACAAUUCUUGCGGUUAGUGUUCCAUGCAACAGUAUGAUGACAAUUGUGACAGUAAGAUGUGGACACUGCGGAAAUUUGCUUUCUGUUAAUAUUGGACCUUCCAUUCAGUCUCUCCCCCUCCAAGAUUUACAGAGACAGGAUCAAUCAAGUAUUGAAGAUGGGAGUAGAGGCUAUGGAUCAUCAUCCUCUUCUACCAAUUCAUAUCACAGAUUUUCUCCCAUUCCUACUGAUCCUGAUCUACCUAGAUCCCCUCCUAUUCGCCCACCGGAGAAAAGACAACGUGUUCCUUCUGCCUACAACAGAUUUAUCAAGGAGGAGAUCCAAAGGAUAAAGGCAAGCAAUCCUGAUAUUAGCCACAGAGAAGCUUUUAGCACUGCUGCCAAAAAUUGGGCACAUUUCCCUCAUAUCCACUUUGGACUAAAGCUGGAUGGCAACAAGCAAACCAAUAAAUUGGAUCAUGCUGUUGCAGGAGAGGCUCCUCAGAAAUCUAUUGGUCUCUAUUAAUUGAAAUAAUAUGACCAACAAAUACUAUAUAUACGCAUAAUAUAAUAUUAUAUAGGUGAGAUACUAUAUAUAUAAAUCUCUCCAAACUAAUAAAUUGUUUAGCUCUUUUCAGCAUAUAUCAUCCCUUUUAUUAGGGCCUUGGAUUCCUUUUUAUUUUUAAUUCGUGUUAUAAGUUGUAAGUAACUAUUUUCUGUGUUUACUCCAAUAAUAUACGCUUGUUUAUUAUUA